AUGGAUCGCAUCGACCCGGUCGAGGACCCCAACGCCCCCAAUGGGAACCCUCAAGGGACCCAACCCACAGGGCAACCCACAGAGUCCAGCCCCGUCAGGCCAGCAGAUCCUACCCCGUUGCGCACUCGGGGCGACUCACGCACGCGACGACCGAGUAUUCGCUUGUCUCGCUUCCCAUCUAUCUCUUCACUUGGCAACGCCAAUCAACCAGGGUCUCAACCAGAGAAUCAACCACCGUCCUUCGAGCCGCGGGCUAUCCGAUCCCCUCCCCCUAAUGAAGAGGACGAAGCGUGGCUGGCAGGGCGACGGCGCAGCAACUCAGAGCCAAAUCGGGGACGAUGGUCAUCUCCCCCUCCUGAUUCCCUUUCGCGAGUGGCGACUCCCAUGCGAAUGAUGCCUGUGACUGAGGAAUCCUCACACCGAAGUCCGGCACCCCCACCUCCAGCAGCAAUAUUGCCCGGUCAAGCGACUCAGUCCGACUGUGAGCAACUUGAUCCGGAGCAAGGCGAGAUCCCUGCCGCACUGGCACGACCGCCGGGUCGGCUUCGGCGAACUAGUCAAGCUGCGUUGAAUCGCUUUACUCGAAACCGUGCAAGCACAGUGACAGGAGCUGCACCGACUCUGGACACACAGGAGGAGCAACGCCAGAAUGAGUAUGGAUCUCAUGUGGUCGACGUGCUGGACGUGAUCGACCCCGAGGUAUCUGCCCUUUCCACUCUCACCAAUGUCCAAAACUCUCUCUUUGUGCCGAAUCUGGGUGCGUUCAUCAAUCGCACGCCCACCUAUACGAUUACACGACCGCAAUAUUCUUCAGAUGAGGAACAGGGAAUCACAACGGACGAGGGUGAACCGUCCGAUCGUGACAAGACCAGAGGGCGGCCGACUUUGGAAGAACUCCGCACAUUCACGAGUAUAUCCUCGUUGCGUGGUCCAAAGUAUGCCGUUCUCCCAGAAGGGCAGGGGCUUGAAGGAUGGACAAGAGAAGACUAUGCCGAACUAAAUGACCAUGUUCGACAUAUGCUUCACUCUCGGCGGUCCAAGUUCAAACGGUCCAUGAAAGGAUUUAGGCAAUACGUACGGAAGCCCCUCGGCUUUCUUGUAACUCUCUACGCGACUUUGAUCACCCUGUUCGGUCUGGCCUGGGUUCUUUUCUUGAUUGGUUGGAUCAAUGUCGGUGGAAAACAAACUUAUGUUAUCAAUGUCAUAGAUAACGUUUUGGUUGCCCUGUUCGCCAUCAUGGGUGAUGGACUGGCUCCUUUCCGCGCUGUCGAUACAUAUCACAUGAGUUUCAUUGCCCAUUAUACAUUCACGUCGUGGAAGGUUCGUCGAAAGCGGGCCCUACCAGGCCUCAAAGACAAGAAUGACCUUCCGUCAAAGCCAGAGAAAGACGUCGACGUUGAAUUUGGUGACACGGUCAAGGAAGGCGAACACGAAUUCUCUGUUCUCGAUGCUCGCCAACAGUUACGAUUGAUGCAUCACCAGAAUAAGUUCGCAAAGUCGCAUACUUUCUAUAAGCCGCACGAAACCAUGACCCACCACGCCUUCCCUCUACGCUUACUCAUCGCUAUUGUCGUCAUCCUUGACUGUCAUUCUUUGCUCCAAAUGGCCCUUGGUGCCUGUACCUGGAGCAUGGAGGACCCUCAUAAGCGCCCAUUCGCGCUGACGACGGUUAUCCUUUGCUGCUCCAUCACCUGUAACAUCGCGGGCGGUGUGAUGAUCAUGAUUGGUGAUCGGCGAACCCGAAAGAAGGAUGUUGUCGAACGGCUGUUCCGCCAACAGCUGACCGAAGAAGCCAUGAAGAAGAUGGAAAAGAAGAAGAUCAAGGAGGAGCGCCGCAGUGCUCAGAUUGAGCGGUCCAGCGCCCAAAUUGACCGCUCUAGUUCUCAAAUCGCCCGCCCAGUGCCGUCUGGCGGUACUUGA